GACUGGAGCCUGACCACCACUCACACUGCUGGACCAGACGCUUCUGAAGAAAGACACAGCACUCUAAACUUGGAGGGAAUUGCUCCAGUAGGCAGUUAACACCAUGAAGACUUUCAGGACAGUCGUCCUCUUCUUAGCCUCAAUUCAGCUCCUCACAACAGUUCUCUCAGAUGAUCCAAAUGUACCUACCCCUUCACCUACACUUCCAGCAGCAACAUCUGUGGCUCCCCCUGUCACCACCAUCAGUAAACAGUCGACAGUGCCCCCCUCUUCUACUAGUAACCAUGCUGUUGUCAACAAGACAAAUUUCACAACAGUAGAGGAAAGGACACCUGCUACAACUGUUAUCACCAAAACAACCCAGCUGCCCUCUGCAUCAUCCAUGUCAUCGUCCAGUGGGCUCAACAAUCAUACUAUUGAAACGACAACUAAAACAGAACAGAAAGCCAGCAGCUCAUCUCAGGCUCCCACUCUAACCCCCUCUAAGACUGAUGCAGUGACAACAAAAAAUGAAGUGCCUGGUACAACCACCCCAAGUACCAACCUGACAGGAGGCUUACAUAACCUGACUCAUUGCUCAAAGGAGGUAGGUCCAGACCAGAUGAAAGAUCCUGAUGAUAAGACACUCCUGUGGGUCCUGCUACCAGUCCUGGGCGUUGUCCUUGCUGCUGGCAUCGUCAUUUUCAAAUUCAAAUGCAUGAAGGUCCACGACCACACAGAGAUGAAUGAUCAUGAACAUGAGAACGCCUCUUACCAAAGCAGGCCUGACAGCAGCAAAGAUGGUGUCAUGCUUCUUGGGGUCAAGUCAUCAGGAGGAGAGGUCAAUGACCUUUACUGAUAUUCUCUUACCACAUUCCAUCAUGGACAACUACUUUAACAAGCUGUUGCAAGAUAAUACGGGAGUCUGUUGCAAAAAGAAAAAAAAAUGGAAAUAGUAGGCGACAACUGGAAAACUACAACAUUAGCGCUCACAUAGAAACAUGGCAUCAAGCACGAUUGUGGUUGGUAAAUGUAAAAGAUGACUGCUGAAAGAAUUAAUUUAAGAAAAUCAAUUGGUUAUACAAAAAGGUUGUAGAGCCUGUAUGAUUAAAAUAAAGCUUCAAAAAAAUAUUUGCAA